AUGACGGGGGAGAAGAAGUCACCUCGUCUUGUGUGGAGGCCUUUGCCCUCCUCGGGCAAGAAUCUCAAAGACUUCAUGGCAAAAGUCAACAUGACAUAUGGCACUAACAUUGCCGACUAUAUGUCCCUCUGGAGAUGGUCCACCGCCCCGCAAACCGCACCUCUAUUCUGGCUGGAGCUUGUGAAGUUCCUAGGCAUCAAGUUUGAUGGCUCACCUCAGAGGGUAUUUGAGGCUCAGGAUUUGAAUACGCAAAUGCCAUGCAUGUAUCCGCCACCUACAUUCUUUCCAGGCGUCAAAAUGAACCUCGCCGAGAACAUCUUUGCAAACUAUCGUGCAGGGGAUAUAAUCCUCCACGUGGCUUCCGAAGGUGCAGAGACCCUACGAGAUGUGACGUGGGAAGAGUUACGCCGGCAAGUGGCGCAACUCUCAGGCGCAAUGGCAUCUCGUGGUGUCAAAGUUGGCGACAGGGUCGCUGCUGUCAUGUCUAAUCGGCUCGAGACGAUUGUGGCCUGUCUGGCAUCGCUAUCGCUGGGUGCAAUCUGGUCGACGUCAUCGCCUGAGAUGGGCGUAGAUGCUAUACUGAACCGGCUUACUCAAAUACGACCAAAGCUGGCGUUCUGCGAGACGCAAGUCGUGUACAACGGCAGGCUGAGGCAUCUUCUCGCUAAGCAUAAGGCGUGGUCCAGUAUCCUAGCCGAGAAGACGGCCGAGAUGGAGGCUGUAAUUGUCGUGGGGAGUGUCAAGGACGUCACCUCGGAGCCAAAUGAGUCACCCGUCAAACUGAUAGCAUGGGAUGACUUCUUGGCUCAGGGUGCAAGCAACACAACGCUGAAAUUCCGUCAGCUGCCUUUCAAUCACCCUGGUUUCAUUGUAUGGUCGUCAGGCACAACCGGCCCACCCAAAUCAAUAGUCCAUACCGCCGGCGGACUCCUGGUAUCCGCAUCCAAAGACGCGUUCCUAAGUUAUGACAUUCACCGGGGGGACACAAUACUCCAGUAUACGACGACAGCAUGGAUCAUGUGGGCUCUUGUAUUUGUGUCUCUCUCAUUCGGAGGGAAAGUCAUCCUCUACGACGGGUCUCCACUGAUUCCCGACCCUUUGGUAUUACUCAGGCUAGUGCAGAGGCUGCGGAUCAGUGUAUUCGGAACGUCGGCAAAGUUCCUGUCCCUGCUAAAGGAGCAUGGAAUCAGCCCCAGGGACCAGCUCGACCUGUCUAGUCUCCGCACCAUCGUUUCCACAGGCAGCAUUCUCACCGCAGACGUCGCUCAAUGGUUCUAUGACGAGGGCUUCCCCCCUCACGUUCUCCUCAACUCUACGUGCGGCGGCACAGACCUCGCAUGCUCACUCGUCUCAGGUGUGUCCACAAUGCCACUAUACGCUGGUGAGAUACAGGGGCCCUGUCUGGGCAUGGAUGUGGACAUAUAUGAUGUCGAGAACGGCGGCGGUGUAUCAAUACAGAACACCGGGGACGCGGGCGAGCUUGUUUGCAAGCAGCCGUGGCCGAGUGAGCCAGCAUUCCUUUGGGGCGACCCAGCCGGUGAAAAGUACAGGGCUUCGUACUUUGCCAAAUACCCAGCUGUAGCGCCUGAGCAUAACCGUCAGCAUCCUGAAGGGUAUCCGAUCUGGAACCAGGGAGACUUUGUGUCCAAAAACCCGGUAACGGGGGGGUUCCUGAUGCAUGGCAGAUCGGACGGCGUGUUGAAUCCCGGCGGCGUUCGCUUCGGAUCAGCCGAGAUAUACAAUGUCGUUGCUCAAGACUCGAGUAUCGCUGACAGCGUCUGCGUUGGCCAAAGAAGAGAUCACGACGCAGAUGAAUCUGUUAUACUCUUUGUACAAAUGGCACAGGGACAUGAUUUCAAUCGGGCGGUGACUCGAAGACUUAAUGACGUGAUUCGGUCCAGCCUGAGCCCUCGACAUGUGCCCAAAUACAUCUUUCCGGUUUCUGGGGUCCCCUAUACAGUGAAUGGCAAGAAAGUUGAGAUUCUAGUCAAGAAUCUAGUCAGUGGGAAGGAGGUAAAGGUAAGCCCGACGAUCAUGAAUCCAGAAAUCCUGGAUUCCUACAAAGAAUUCAUACAAACCGAAGAGGCUAGUGAGAGGCAACAGCUUCUGUGGAAUACGCAUGGGGCUCAUCUAUAG